UGCUCUAUACGACAUCCGACUAUGCAAGCAGCAAAAGCUUCUUAGAGCUCACGUGAAGCCCCGAAGCCCCGAUGCGCUUCUGCAGCACUCGGGGUGGGCCGGGCGUCAGCUUUGAAGAGGCGAUCUGCCGGGGCUAUGCCGAAGACGGAGGCCUCUACGUGCCCGAGGAGCUGCCGAGCGUCAGCUUGGGCCUGGCGGCCUGGCGGCGCCUGAGCUUUGGGGAGCUGGCGCUGGAGCUGCUGCGGCUCUUCGUGGGGGAGGAGCUGAGUGCGUCGGAGCUUCAGGAGGUGGUGCAUGGCAGCUAUCGCGAUUUCUCCGAUCCACGGAUCGUGCCGGUGGUACCUCUGAAGAAGGAGAACGCCGCGCUGCUGGUUGCGGAGCUCUUCCACGGGCCCACCUUCUGCUUCAAGGACCUGGGCCAGCAGCUCCUGGUGCGGCUGCUGGCGCGCUUCGCCCAGCGCUCGAAGAGCCGCAGGACUUUUCUGGUGUCCACCACCGGGGACACCGGGCCCGCGGCCAUGCGCGCCGUUGCCGACGCGGCCUCGCCAUACCUGCAGAUCAUCGUGUUUUACCCUAAGGGUCAAAUCUCUGAGCUUCAGAGAAGGCAGAUGACGACUGUCAGUGGCCCGAACGCCAGAGUGGUCACGUUUGAGGGGGGAGGCGACGAUAUGGACUUGCCCUUAAAAAGGAUCAGUGCCGACCAGGACUUUGCAAAGAAGCACGGGAUUUGUGGCAUCAACUCCUACAACCUGGGCCGGCCUUUGGCACAGCUGCCACAUUUCUUCUGGGCUUACUUCCGAGCCCUAGACCUCCUCGAGGCCAGCGAAGGCACUGAGCUGGACUUUGUGAUUCCUGCAGGCGCCUUGGGCAACACAGCUGCGGCCCUGAUAGCCCGGCAGAUGGGGCUCCCCAUCCGGAGACUGAUCACCGGAGUGAAUCAGAACGACAUCACCCACCGAACCGUCACCACUGGGGAGUUUCACCGCAGCGAGUCCAUGGUCAAGACCUUGUCGGAUGCCAUCAACAUCCAAGUGCCUUACAACAUGGAGCGGAUCUUCUAUUACCUCACCGGGCAGAGCGCCCUCGUGAAGGCAUGGAUGGCAGAGAUGGAUGCCAGCGGGCGCCUCACAUUGCCCAGCGACUGGCUCCAGAAGAUGCAGCAAAUCUUCCUCUCCGCCCGCAUCGACGAUGAGCUCAUGUGUUCCACCAUGCGACGGUGCCUGGAGGACUUCGGCUAUUUGCCGUGCCCCCAUUCGGCGGUGGCCCUGGGCGCCAGCUGGGCCACGGAAAGCGACGCGGCGCGGGUGGUCUUCGCCACGGCGUCGCCGUGCAAGUUCCAAGAGUCCGUGACCACCGCCCUCGGGGCGGAGGCCUGGCAGCGCUUCCAGGAGAGCCCCAGCUUCCCAAGCAGCGCCCGAAUGCUCUUAGAGGCCAAGGAGACGGCGCCCGAUGUCUUUGAGGCAGAAGCGACGCUAUGCGAAUCUCAACGAAAAUGGGAGAUGAACCUUCGCAAGAUGCUUGGCGAAUAGGACAG